AUGCAUCUGUUUGGCCUCAACUGGCAGUUGCAGCAAACUGAAAAUGAUACAUUUGAGAAUGGAAAAGUGAAUUCUGAUACUGUGCCAACACAUCCUGUAACUGUACCUGCUGGAGAAAAUGGAAAAUCAGGGGGAUUUGCACAAGAAAACAACACUAUAGAUUCUGGAGAACUUGAUAUAGGCCGAAGAGCAAUACAAGAAGUUCCCCCUGGGAUUUUUUGGAGAUCACAACUCUUCAUUGAUCAGCCACAAUUUCUAAAAUUCAAUAUAUCCCUUCAGAAAGAUGCAUUGAUUGGAGUAUAUGGCCGAAAAGGCUUACCACCUUCACACACUCAGUAUGACUUUGUGGAGCUCCUGGAUGGCAGCCGGCUGAUAGCGAGGGAGCAACGCAACCUGCUGGAAUCAGAGCGAGCAGGACGGCAAGCAAGGUCUGUCAGUCUCCAUGAGGCAGGUUUUAUCCAGUAUUUGGAUUCUGGCAUCUGGCACCUGGCCUUUUAUAACGAUGGGAAAAAUACGGAGCAAGUGUCUUUUAAUACCAUAAUUAUAGAGUCUGUGGUGGAAUGCCCCCGAAAUUGCCACGGUAACGGCGAAUGUGUUUCUGGAUCCUGCCAUUGUUUUCCUGGGUUUCUGGGCCCUGAUUGUUCAAGAGCAGCCUGCCCGGUGCUGUGUAGCGGCAAUGGUCAGUACUCCAAAGGACGCUGCCUGUGUUACAGCGGCUGGAAGGGCACCGAAUGUGAUGUGCCUACAACUCAGUGCAUCGAUCCCCAGUGUGGGGGCCGGGGCAUUUGCAUUAUGGGCUCUUGUGCCUGCAACUCUGGAUACAAAGGAGAAAACUGUGAAGAAGCGGAUUGCUUGGACCCAGCCUGCUCUGGCCACGGCGUGUGCAUCCAUGGCGAGUGCCACUGCAACCCAGGCUGGGGUGGCAACAACUGUGAAAUCCUGAAGACGAUGUGUCCUGACCAGUGCUCUGGUCACGGCACCUACCUUCAAGAGAGUGGUACCUGCACCUGUGACCCCAACUGGACAGGUCCAGAUUGCUCCAAUGAAAUCUGUUCAGUGGACUGCGGCGCGCACGGUGUGUGCAUGGGUGGCACGUGUCGCUGCGAGGAAGGCUGGACGGGCACAGCCUGCAACCAGAGAGCCUGCCAUCCCCGCUGCACGGAGCAUGGCACCUGUAAAGAUGGGAAGUGUGAAUGUAGCCAGGGAUGGAACGGAGAGCACUGUACCAUUGAGGGCUGCCCUGGCUUGUGCAACAGCAAUGGGAGGUGCACGCUGGACCAAAACGGCUGGCACUGUGUCUGCCAGCCAGGAUGGAGGGGAGCAGGCUGUGACGUAGCAAUGGAAACUCUCUGCACUGAUAGUAAGGACAACGAAGGAGAUGGGCUAGUUGACUGUAUGGAUCCUGACUGCUGUUUGCAGAGUUCUUGCCAAAACCAGCCUUAUUGUCGUGGCCUACCUGAUCCCCAAGAUAUUAUCAGCCAAAGCCAACAGUCGCCAUCUCAGCAAGCUGCCAAAGCAUUUUAUGACCGGAUCAAUUUUCUCAUCGGAGCAGACAGCACUCAUGUCAUACCUGGGGAAAGUCCUUUUAAUAAGAGUCUUGCAUCCGUCAUAAGGGGCCAAGUAUUAACUGCUGAUGGAACGCCACUCAUUGGAGUCAACGUCUCCUUUCUACACUAUGCAGAUUAUGGAUAUACAAUCACUCGCCAAGAUGGAAUGUUUGACUUGGUAGCAAAUGGUGGUGCCUCUCUGACGCUGGUGUUUGAGCGAUCACCGUUCCUGACACAGCAUCACACCGUAUGGAUUCCCUGGAAUGUCUUUUAUGUCAUGGAUACCCUUGUCAUGAAGAAGGAAGAAAAUGACAUUCCUAGUUGUGAUCUGAGCGGAUUUGUAAGGCCAAACCCUGUUAUCGUGUCAUCUCCUUUAUCCACCUUUUUUAGAAUUUCUCCUGAAGAUAGUCCUAUCAUCCCAGAGACACAG